CCUUGCUAGCAAAAAAGCAGCAGGAGCAGACUACCAGAGGUAAAACCAAACUGAAAGGAAUCCAAAAAAGGGUUUCAGAAAGGGGGAAGAAGGAAAAACACAGAAGAGUGAGCGAGCGAGAGAGAGAGAGAGGGGAGAAGAAGAAACAAAUCAAAGCAAAGAUGGAGGGAAUGUCAUAUCAGAGAUUUCCAAAGAUAAAGAUAAGAGAAAUGAAAGAUGAAUACCUGAAAUUUGAGUUAAGAGAAACUGAUGUAAGUAUGGCAAAUGCACUUCGUCGUAUUAUGAUAGCUGAAGUACCAACAAUAGCUAUUGAACUUGUUGAAAUCGAAGUUAAUUCAACUGUUCUGAACGAUGAGUUUUUAGCACAUCGACUCGGUCUUAUUCCACUUACUAGCGAUAAAGCUAUGGGUAUGAGGUUCUCCCGUGAUUGUGAUGCAUGUGAUGGUGAUGGUCAGUGCGAAUAUUGUUCUGUUGAGUUUCAUUUAUCUGUUCGUUGUGACCAAGAUCAGACUCUUGAUGUUACUAGUGCUGAUCUUCUUACUGCUGAUCCUAAUGUUAUUCCUGUUGAUGUUGCUAAUGCUGCUCGUUCUACAAGCUUUGAUUCUGCUGAAAACAAGGGAAUUAUAAUUGUGAAGCUGCGUCGUGGGCAGGAAUUGAGAUUGAGAGCUAUAGCUAGAAAAGGGAUUGGGAAAGAUCAUGCCAAAUGGUCACCCACGGCUACUGUUACAUUCAUGUAUGAACCAGACAUCCACAUCAAUGAGGAUAUGAUGGCAACCUUGACUCUUGAAGAGAAACAAAGUUGGAUUGAAAGUAGCCCUACCAAAGUUUUUGAUAUUGAUCCUAAUACCCAACAGGUCAUAGUGGUUGAUCCUGAGGCGUACACAUACGAUGAUGAGGUGAUCAAGAAAGCAGAAGCGAUGGGAAAGCCAGGGCUUGUGGAAAUUACUGGGAGAGAAGAUAGUUUUAUUUUUACAGUUGAAUCUACAGGUGCUGUGAAAGCUUCCCAAAUUGUCUUAAAUGCCAUCGAGGUCCUUAAACAGAAGCUUGAUGCAGUUAGACUCUCUGAGGAUACUGAAGAAGCCGACGAUCAAUUCGGGGAACUCGGAGCUCAUAUGCGAGGAGGGUAAAGAAUCUCUUUCGGUGAAGGCUUUAGUUUCUUCUGCAUAUUAGAAACUUCUGUUGUUGAAUCUGACUAAUUAUGACAUCACAGACAUUCCAUAAUACCUCCAAAGAACACUUCUAACAUUGGUUUUGAAGUUGUGCCCUUCUAUGUUCAGAAUUAGGUAGACUUUGGCAGUGAGGAACUGAAGGGCACACAUCUUAUCCUUAUGAAUUAGCGGAAGUAGUUAACAGUUAUUAGUGUUCUCUUAUCGUCUUUUAAGUUGAGGUGGUUACUUUGGUUUUAAUGGAAAACUGUGCUUUACAGAACUUUUUAAAU